AUGGAUCCAGAUUGGGCAGACUUGCCAGCACUUCCUCUCAGUUUGAUUCUUGACAAGUUGUUAGAAGGAUUAGAUCAAAGCAGAAAGAAGAGAAGUUUAUAUGGCAUUGCCGCCGAGAAAGUUUAUCACUCUCAAUUUCCAGUGCCUUACAGCAAGAGGUGUUGUGGUUCAAGCCACGGCUGGCUAGCAACAGUAGAUUCUUGUUAUGUUAUAACAUUACUGAAUCCUUUUAAGAACGUUGCUCCCAUUCGUCUGCCGCCCCUGAAUCCUGGAUUGUCACAUAAGUAUCUCUUUGAACAAAAUAUGCAUAAGGUUACUCUGUCUGCUGAUCCCACGAGCAACCCAGAUGAUUACGUGGUUGCAGCAGUUUACAGCCAAGCUUGCUAUAUUGCUUUCAUAAAAGCAGGCCAAAAGUUUUGGACUUAUAUUGACAAAGAUUUUUUAUGUUUCACUGAUAUUACAUUCUAUAAAGGUAUGUUAUAUGCUGUGGGAAGAUGGAAUACUAUUGUGUCCUUCAAUCUUCAUUAUUCAAAUGACCCUUAUGGUUAUGAGGAGAUAAUUCCAAAUAUUGUUUUAAAAGGAGAAUUUGAUCAAACUUAUUCGGACAGGGCCUAUCUUGUGAAAUCAUUGGAAGGAGACUUGUUAAUGGUUAGAAGAUUUUUGGGUUAUCAGCAUCCUUAUGGUGAAGAUGGCUACUCAUAUAGCAAUGGUACCGAGAGUUUCGAAGUGUAUAAGUUGGAACUCGAUGUCCAAAGUGGGAAGCUUUUGCAAAUGUCAAAACUCAAUAGUUUGGAAGACAAUGUUCUGUUCCUGAGUGAUAGUGAUUCAAUUUCUAUGUCAGCUUCGUAUUUCUCCAAUUGUCUGCGAAAGGAUUCUAUUCACUAUACUGAUGAUUUUUAUGAUACGACCCAAGUUCUUACCAUUUUGGCCCAUUUGAUAAUGGAAUAUAUAAUGUAA